AUUAUUAUACAGAUGUAUGUAAUCCCAAAGAAGAAAUGAGUAUCCCGUCCACGUUUGUUGUGGAAUACGUGCUACUGUCAUACCUCACCAUAGUAAGCAUUUUUAUCCCUACCAUUUUUUUUUUAAUGCGCAUUUAGGUCUGCGUAUUUGCUUUAGAAAGAGAACGGGUGAUGAUCAAAGAACAUAGAACGAAAUCAGUGGGCUCUAUGCUGCUGAGUGUCAACACGGAUAAGAAACCUGGGCCGUUUCAUUGAUAAUUACUGAUAAUUAAAUAUUUUUUGCAAUUAUAAAACAAUAAAUUUUCAACACUAUUUUCUAUUACAACAAAAUUGUUUAAAUACAGCGCUACUAUCAUCUAACAAGCAACUAAUUCAACAAAAAAGCCGCGCAACAUAAUUUGAAAUUGAAUCGCAAAACACUAAUUUCGCUAUAUGUAAUGCUUUAAAGAACGUUCUUUUGAAGAUUUACGCAUUUGAUAAGACGCCAGUUUUAUGUAGAGUACAUUGCAGUGACCAACAAUGACAGGACGAAGGACGUUUAUGAAUUCUUCAGAUUCAUUUUUACGAGAUAGGAACAAUGAACUGAGAAGGACGAUUUUCUCUAAUAAUAUCGUAAACAGUGAUGAGCCAGAUAUACAAAAACUAAGUCCAAAUAUAAUAUUUUCUGAUGAUGUUACUAGAAGAACAUUACUUCAAGAAUCAAAUAUUAGCAAUAGAUCAAAUGAUAAUCAUAAUGCUGUUAACGAUGAUGACGAUGACGAUGAAUUUUUUAAAAAAAUAAAGCUUGACAUUGAUAGAGAUCUUUUACUACAGUCAAAAAAAAACCACAAGCCUAACAGUAUCCAACAAAAUAUUUUCUCAUUAAGAAAGAAAAGACCCAUAAUUGAUGAAGAAACAUUAAAUAUUAUUAAGAGAUUCAAAAAAGAUAUAAGUACAGUUCAUACAAAUUCUAUUAAGACACCAACUAAUAUAAGUACCAGUCAGUCUAAUUCUUUUAUUGACACUACCAUGAGAAAAAUACCUGAGAAAAAACAAAAUUAUCCUUGGAAAUUAUCAACAAAUAUAAGCACCAGUCAGUCUAAUACUUCUAUGGACACUACCAUGAGAGAAAUACCUAAUAAGAAGCAAAGGUAUCUUUGGGAAGCAUCAACAAAUAUAAAUGCUCAAAAUUGUGUGAAGGAACAAAAUGGUACAAGAUGUGUAUGUAAUGUACCAACAAGUAUAAAUAAUGGUGGAAAUAUUCUGAAACAACGAAACAUAUUUACAUCUAAUGUUGUAAAUACACACAUUAGAAAUCCUGAUAGAUGUGGGUGUCAAAUGAGUACGAAGAUAAUAAAGGACAACACUUUACCACUGUUUGAAACGGAAACAACGGUGCUCGCACAAAACAAUUUUUUUUUUUAUACGACAUACAUUCAGCGUCUGCAGGAAUAAGUCCGUGCAAAAGUAAUUAAAAUUCAAAAACUCAGGAUACUAAAGUUCUACAUAAUCUUAAAUAAUGUUAUUUAAAGAUGAUUGUUUUAAUUCUAUCAUUCGUUCUUAGUGAAAAAUGUUUAUUUUCUGUAAUAUCUUUCAAUUUAUAAUAAUAAAAUCCUUAAAUAAUUAUUAAUUCAACUAUGCAAUAGGCUGUAUAUGUAUGUAUGUAUUUAAAUAAUUUAAGAUCAGUUAAUAAGUUUUAAACGAGGGCGCGUCAUUCAUUUAAGUCAGACCGGCAUGUGUGCGUCAGAAGUUUCAAACAAUCUCAAAUCAGUGACUGCUGUUAAUGAUGAAUGUUUUUACAUACUGUCAAUAUUUAUGUUAAUAUAGAUAUUAAUGGAAUUAUUUUCUGCUUAAGAAGAACGUGCAAACAGAUUCAACAAAAGCUUCCUUUGUAAAUGCAUUGUUCGAAUGUACCAAUGGUAUCAGCAACUUCAAAUGCAAUCGCAGUAUCAUAAAAAAUUGUUUAUGUCAACUAUAUAAUGGUUGUUAUUUAGUAAAAAGCCAUGAGUGAAUUUAAAUUGCAUCAUUUAGUGAUUGAACUAAUAGGACUGUUGGGGUCAACUUCCGCACCUGAAAAGCACAUAGAAAGGUUACAAAAUGAGGGUAUACCAACAAGUGUGAGUGCUUUAACUAUAGUUGCAUCGCAAAGUUGCAUUCGUAAUUUGGCAAAAAGUUCUCCUGUUCCUGAACUUUUUAUUCAAAAAUAUGAGGAAUUGAAAGCAAAGAAGAUAGAUCUAUUAGGUUUAUUUGCACAAGUCUUGGAAUUUAUAUCUGAAGAUAAAGAUUUGAAAAGUUAUUUAGGCAAACAAGCAACCACAGCGACUUCAACUUCAAGCAAAAAUGCUGCUAUCACCACAAAAGACUUACCACAGAUUUGUAAAAACGUGAUUAAAGCUGCUGUGGAAGGAGAAAAGAAGUUAACUCAACAAAUAAAUGCUAUUGUAAAGAAAACAGAACCACCUGGGGUAAAACAUUAUUGGGCUCAUGAGAGGCCACGGAUGAGCUGGGACUUCUAUAAUGAACCAAAUGUCUCACCAUGCCAGAAGGUUGUACCAACUGUGUCUCAGGAAUCUAUUUUGCUUUGGGACAUUCUGAACUGUCUGAAGGGUAUAGAUGGAUCUUACAUUGUUUCUGAACCUUUAACUACUCCAUACGCAGUGAAAACAUUCAAAAUAUCCCCAGAUGUCUGCAUAUCUUACAAGCAAAUGGCACAGCAAAUAUUACCUCUCGCUUCUCAUUAUUCCAUGACGGCGAGAUUUGUCGAAGAAAAAGUCGUAUCAGAAGAUGGUCAAGUUAAUCAUGCUUUAAGAGGAGCCAUAAAAAGUCUGUUAAAGGAUUAUUUAUUAUUCGUUGUACAAUUGGAAAUGGAGCACAUUCGUGGUAAAUUGAAUUUGCAGAAAUUGUGGUUCUUCAUACAGCCUACUAUAAUCGCAAUGUCUGUUCUCUUCCAAAUAACGUCCACGAUAUGUAAAGCGAAUGCAAAAGGUGGAAAGGUACUCAGUCUUUUACAUGAGCAAGCGAAUAAUAUAAGUGGUGAGGCAAAGUUCAAAGAACUAUGCAUGUUUCUGAUACAAACCGCAAGCGUACCUUACAUGCAAAUACUUGAAAAAUGGGUAUACAAAGGUGUAAUAUGCGAUCCAUACGAAGAGUUUUUUGUAGAGGAUAAUGAAUUAAUUCAUAGGGAAGAGCUACCGGUAGAUUAUUCCGCGGAUUAUUGGGAGAAAAGGUAUACUAUGAGGUCAGAGAGAAUCCCCACAUUCCUCAAUGAACAGGCAAACACUAUUUUAAGAACUGGGAAAUACUUUAAUGUAAUCCGACAAUGUGGUAAGACUGUUCAGUGGGGAAAACAAGAACCGCUCAUCUAUCAGCAUCAAGGUCAGAAAUAUAUUGCCACUAUCGAUAGAGCAUAUUCUGAAGCUGCGAAAACUUUAUUAGAGGUCCUUAUACACGAAAGCGAUUUAAUGGGGCGACUUCGUAGUGUAAAAAGUUAUUUCCUACUUGCCCAAGGUGAUUUUGUGGUACAAUUUUUGAAUUUGUGCGAAGCAGAAUUAAAUAAAAAUAUGUAUGAUAUCGUGACCCAUCGUUUGGCCUCUCUUCUGGAAGUUGCGUUGCGUAUGUCCACUGCGGAUUCAGAUCCGUACAAAGAUGAUUUGAAACCUGAACUUUUACCGUACGAUCUUCAGUUUCAAAUGUUCAGAAUACUCUCCAUUCAAACCAGAGAAGAAGAAGAGUAUUGCUUUAAAAAUGAUAAAACUUUAACUGGUUUGGAAGCAUUUGUGUUCAACUAUGACGUCAAGUGGCCUGUUUCCUUGAUACUGAAUAGAAAAGCGAUCGCUUGUUAUCAGAUGUUGUUUAGGCACUUAUUUUACUGCAAGUACAUUGAAAGACGUUUAUGCAGGGUAUGGGUUAGCAAUAAAAUUGCCAAAACAUUCACCCACAACGUGGCGAUGUCUUACAGAAAAGCAUUUUCGUUGCGUCAACGAAUGCUCGAUUGUAUUCAGCAUCUGGCGUACUACAUGAUGGUUGAAGUAAUAGAGCCAAAUUGGCUAACGUUCAUAAAUAAAAUGAGUAAAGUCAGUAAUGUGGAUGACGUCCUGAGUGUACAUCAAGAUUUGCAAGACAGUUAUUUGAAAGAAUGCAUGUUGACCGAUCCAGAUCUUCUUGCCUGCAUUACGGAUAUAUGCGCCGCUUGUAUCGAUUUUUGCGAUUUCAUGGAGCGUAUGAGCCCAUACUACAUUGACGCCGAAUUGACGUCCAUGAUUGGCGCCUAUCAGGAAGAUGUCUAUGAUUCUGAGAACGAAAACGGAGACACAUUGAAAGAGAAUGCAGGAAGCUUUGAAGAAACAAUUGUAUCGCUGGACGAUAAAUUUACGCAAGUAUUAACACGUCUUCUGGACAGAAUCUGUGAUCUAGGAAGUGAUAACAAUAAUGAAAAACUGUUGAAUGUAUUCUGUAGGCUAGAUUUCAAUCUAUUUUAUACCGACAUUUUAAUACGACGUGGGAAAGAGAAGGCAACCACUCAAGAGGAGGUCUCCGGUUGACUGUUAAAUAUUCGUAUACAGUAAAAUUAAUUUAUAAACGCACAUGCGUAUACACAAUUGCAUCACGAAUUAAAUAAUAAGUGGCAUCGAGUAAUUAUGUACCGAUCUUAAAUCGAAAAUUCGCACUUUGAACAAAUGUACUUUAAUUUGUUAUCCUUAGUAGUUCAAUUGUUUUAUUUAUUUGCAUAAUUAUCACGAUCGAUUCACUAUCAUGUACACAAAAGAAUGUGAUGCGUUUAGUCACCAAAAUUUUAUAUCAACUAAUGGCACUGCGGUAAAAGCAAUACAUACAACUUAUUUAUCGUACAAUGUUCAUACUCCAACAAUGACGCAUCGCACUUAAUUUCUAUGAAAUUUAAAUAUUUAAUUCGAUAAAAUUAUUGCUUUGUUUAUAGUCUGGAAUAUAAAAUUCUUUAAAUAGUUUAAUCAUAAGUAUAAAAAUCUUCGAAUAUCUUAAUCGUAAGUCAACAAAUUAUAAACAACAUAUAAAGUCGAAGAUUAUAGAUGAUUUUUUUGUAAAACUAAAUAACUUAAUUAGAAUUGAGAACAACAGCGUAGCUACUACGAAAUGAUAUAUCACUUUUCUAUUUUUCUAUUUUAUCGGCAUCAGUGCUGAUGGAACAAUGUAUCAUUGGACAUCAAUGAUCCUUGACGUUUGUAAGCGAAAGAAAUUAGAAAAAUACAUAUAUAGCUGAAAGUCUUCAAGAA